CCUUGGCAGAUGUCAUGGCGGCCACAAUAUCGCAGUUCCAAGUUUCGAAAUGUCUACGGCAAAGUAGCCAAUCGAGAGCACUGCUUUGAUGGGAUUCCAAUUACCAGGAAUGUCCAUGACAACCAUUUCUGCGCAGUCAAUACCAGAUUCCUCGCCAUAGUAACAGAAAGUGCUGGUGGGGGCUCUUUUCUUGUCAUUCCACUGGAACAAACUGGCCGAAUUGAACCAAACUACCCCAAAGUCUGCGGCCACCAAGGCAACGUGCUUGAUAUUAAGUGGAACCCCUUCAUUGAAAACAUCAUUGCUUCUUGCUCCGAAGACACUUCAGUUCGGAUAUGGGAAAUCCCAGACGGAGGCUUGAAGCGCAACAUGACAGAGGCUGUGCUGGAGCUGUAUGGCCACAGCCGGCGUGUUGGCCUCAUCGAGUGGCACCCAACCACCACCAACAUCCUGUUCAGUGCUGGAUAUGACUAUAAGAUCCUCAUCUGGAACUUAGAUAUUGGUGAACCGGUGAAGAUGAUUGACUGCCACUCUGACGUCAUCCUUUGCAUGUCCUUCAACACAAAUGGCAGUUUACUCUCCACCACUUGCAAAGACAGGAAGCUACGGGUCAUUGAGCCACGUUCAGGCAAAGUCCUCCAGGAGGCAAACUGCAAGAAUCACCGUGUGAACCGUGUGGUCUUCUUAGGGAACAUCAAGAGGCUUCUAACAACUGGUGUGUCACGCUGGAACACCAGGCAGAUUGCUCUCUGGGAUCAGGAAGAUCUAUCCAUGCCACUGAUAGAGGAAGAGAUUGAUGGAUUAUCAGGCCUUCUCUUCCCAUUCUAUGAUGCUGACACCCACAUGUUGUACCUGGCUGGCAAGGGAGACGGGAAUAUCCGCUACUACGAAAUCAACACGGAGAAGCCAUACCUGACCUACCUGAUGGAGUUCCGUUCUCCAGCCCCACAGAAAGGCCUUGUCUGAAACAUACCAGGAAGAUAUCUACCCAAUGACUCCGGGUCCGGAACCUGCCCUCGCCCCAGACGAGUGGCUGAGUGGAAUGAACAGGGAUCCCAUAUUGAUGUCUUUAAAGGAAGGCUAUAAGAAAGAGUCCAAAGUAGUUUUUAAACCACCAAUAAGAGCGAAGAAGAGCAUUGUUGUUAAUGGGAUAGAUCUCUUGGAAAAUGUGCCUCCCAGAACAGAGAACGAGCUCCUCCGAAUGUUCUUCCGGCAACAAGACGAGAUCCGUCGACUGAAGGUUGAGCUUUCGCAGAAAGACAUCAAAAUCCGACAGCUACAGUUGGAAUUGAAAAACUUGCGCAAUAGCCCCCAAAACAAUGGACUCUGAAGGAUUUUUUUUAACACAAACUCUUUGUUUAUACCCACUCUUUAAUUUUACUGUAUCAACUUAACACGUGAUAUGAGCCAGAGACCCUGUGCCAGCACACGGGUACACCUGCUAACUGGAAGCCUGUUCUCCUGUGGUCAUUGCCUAGCACUAAAAAGUUAUUUGUAUGAUUUAACUUGAGAACUACUGCAUGAAAAGGCAAGGGACGUAUAUAUUCCAAAUUCCUCUUGAAGUAAGUAGGAGUGUACUGCUAUUUGUCGUUCUCUCAAAAUUACAAAAUCAUUUUUCAUUCCUGAUUAUUCCAGGGAUGAAAAAACAAAAUACUGUAAGCUCAGAUGAAAGCAACUGAAUUCAUUAUUACUUACCUUUGUUUUCCUGAGUAAAGUAUGGCUGAUAAACAGUGAGUGUGCAAUUGAAAUGCAAGCUCACUACACUGAACAGAAAUCUGGAGGAGCCCAGGGAACACC